AUGCGCGAGGUAUCACCUGCCAGCAACUGUGGGCCGAUGGCACCUCGACCUGACAUGAUCCCACGUACUACGGCCUAUGCAUCAGAGAGCUCUCCAGAGCCCACAGAUCCUUUCUUCUUUGGACCUGCCACUCCAGAGUACCAUUCCAACUACCAGGAUGCUUUCAUGGGAGGCGGUUUCGAUGGAAGCCAAUCUCCAGCAUCCUACUCCGAGGCCGGAUCACUCGUGAGCGGCUGGUCGAACGAUGAUCAAUUAAUGUUUGGCAGCCCACCAGACAUCUACGCGCCAGUACCACAGUUCACUCCAGUUGCUCCCACGUUUCACGGGCAUGUGCGCAGCACCAGCUUGCACAGUCAGCCAGAGAUGUUUGCUCCAAUGGAUCCCCUGAGCUCACCACCGCUCGGUCAGACAUUCUUUCCUAUCACAGAUUCGAUGUUCCCUCAAGACAAGAUGGUAAACUCACCGCCUCAAAUGGUCCCUGCGCCUCUGCCCACUCCUCCUGUCUCAGCAACUAUGCCAAACCACGACUGCACUCAGUUCGCAUUCCAAACACUUAACAGCUUGUACUCUCCACCUAGCUCGCAACCAUCGGCUAACGACUUCAACGGCACAUCGGAAGGUCUUCCCACAUUGGAUGCUGUACUCUCUACCAAUAAGUCUGCCGUCGACAAGCUUUAUGUCCUGCUUGGCUGCCCUUGCUCAACCAACCCCCACUUCUCUACUACCAUUGCCUUCACAAUCACUAAGAUUUUGUCCUGGUACCAAGCCAUCGCCGGUGUACACGACCAGGAUGAUCCUGCGGGCAAUACCUCCAUGGAGGCCUUCAUUCAUACACCAAUCUCGCUAGGUGACUUCCGACUUGAGGUUGAGGACGAAGAGACUUUCCGAACCCAACUUGUUCUUGGAGAGCUUCGCAAGGUUGAGAAGCUCAUCGACAAGUUCUCUGAGCGGUACUGUAAGAGUGCCAAUCCCACCGAAACAGGCAUCGAGGGUGGCGUUUACAAUGCCUUGGAGCAGUUGCUUCGCACUCGUGUGCGCGACACCUUCAAGAUCACUAUGCGCACAGCCCCCGAAGACGUCAAGCGCCAGGUCGCCUCGCGCUCGCAGAACCGUGCUCGGUUCAAUACCUUGUAA